UUAAUAAAAAUUUUGGAUUGUUGAAUCGCCGCCGUAGAUUUUAUUUUUACGAAAAAAAUGAAGUUUUCAUUUUUCUGUCUAAUUGUUAGUCUGUUUGUGACAUCGAAUUCUGCAUUCGAUGCUGACAGACAACAAUUAGUUGACUACAUAGUGGAAGAUUUGUUUAUGGCAACCCACCGGGUUCCUGGUGCAGGUGUGUCUGUAGUUCGAAAUGGCACGGUACUAAUGUCGAAAGGAUACGGAAUGAGAAAUAUUUCCGCUAGACUUGCAUCCGACGGAAACACAUUGUUUUCGAUCGGAUCAAUAUCGAAAAGUUUUGUAGCAGUUUUGGUUGUCAAAACAUUGAAUGAAUUACAUCCCAAUCAAGGUGCUGGCGUUCUAGACAUUCCGAUAGCCCAACUGAUUCCACCCACAGUCAAUUUCACAUUAAGCGACCGAUAUAGAGCUGAACAUGCGACAUUCAGAGAUAUUCUGUCUCACCGUACAUGCUUGAUGAAUGGGGCAUUUGAACUAAUUGUCGGUACAUUACCAUCGGCAUCUGAAUAUGCAUAUCGUUCCAGGUAUCUUCCACAAGAUUGUGAUUUCAGAAGUGGUUUUGUGUACAACAGUAACAUGAUAUCACUUGCCGGCGAAAUAAUAGCAGCGAUAGCGGGAACAACUUUACAAAAUAUGAUAGUUUCUCUUGCAAGAGAUCUUGGCAUGGCCAAUACAACCUAUAUCGAUCUUAAUGGUUCGUAUGAAUCACAUCCAGGCAUGUCACAACCGUAUAUUCUUAAGAACGGCACGAUUGUCGCGUUUGACACUUUCCAAGUUAGAAAAAUUCACAUGGGCGUGGGAACUGGUGGCGUUCUGUCCACAUCGAAUGAUAUGGCCAAAUAUAUGAAUUUUCAUCUAAAUAACGGACGGGUUGGUGAUAGACAAAUUGUACCAGAGAAUGUGAUGAGAUGGUUAUACUCUACUUCGAACGCAUUUGAUUUCCAAGGCGGUAGGACCGAAGAUGAUUCGAUGGUUUACGGUAAUUUGGGAGCGGCAUUAGGACUGUUUUCAGGUUUAUAUGAUGGAUGGAGCGUCAUAUUUCAUGAUGGAUACUGGCCACCGUAUCACUGCGAGAUGCGUCUCUUCCCUGCAACGCAAAUCGGAGUUUUUAUUUGUGUCAAUGGGCCAGGACUUAUUAUUGACUACCCAAUGCACGAGAAUGUGAUUUUAAACAUUUUUGAAUUGGCACGAGGAACCAACAUUUCACUAGCGGAACUUUUAUCUAAAAAAGUCAAUAUUGCCAAGCCUAACAUUGAACAUCAACUGUUCAAAGAACACAAGACAAAUAGAGCCGCAACAGCUUUACAUCAUAGCCAAAUAAGGAGUAGAGUCGAACCAGCAGAUGUUUUGGGUGUAUAUGGACAUCCGAUAAAUGGUGAUCUUAGCAUAAGGUAUGCACCUGGAACUGGUAACACAACACUGCAAUUAUAUUUGAGCGAGUGGACAUUUGGUCGACUUCAACCGUUCACCGGAUCAAAUACGACAUUCAGCAUUGAAUGGGACACCACCAUCAUGGAUCACUUUUAUUCGUAUCCAUGGGCAGUACCAAAUUUUUGGAUUGAUUUUGGUAUUGUCGACACUGCUCUGCUAAGACUUGGCGAAUUGGAUUUAUAUGGCGAAUUUGAGUUUGUUAAGAAUGCGACGUUAGACACAUUUCCUUCAAUACCGUGGACUCCAGGUAGUUGUGGACCGGAGCUGUAGUCGAAGAAAAAUCAAAUAAAUGAGCAAAAGACAUAAAUCAUAGAUUUGUCGUAGCUGAUCAUAUAAAGCAUUUUUAUUGUCAACAGAAGCUU